AGGUCCAAUCAAGUUCAUUCAAAUGUAAAAAGUAAUUUUCAACAGACUUUGGGUCGUCAUGUUGUCAGAAGAAGCAACCAGGAUCCAAUCGAUUUGAUGAACAUAUCAGAUGAUAGAAAGUGGGAAAAAGAAGUAAAAUCUCACGAUGAAGAAAAGGACAUUGAACAUAAUUCAGCCUUCUCAAAGACAACUGAAAGUUCCCACAUGAAGGUCGAUAAAGAUAACUAUAAUAAUCCCUUAGAUCGUGUACAAGAAAAUAUGGUCGGACGUAGAAAAUUAAGUGACGAAACCAGUGAAUCUAGUGAUAUGGACUUGCCCCAUUGGAAGGACGAAUGGAAAGAACUCUGGAUAGAAAAAAAAUUUGAAGCUCUCAAUUCAACAAUGCCUAGGGGUGACGCGGUUAACAUGUUGGCAGCAAGGCCAUUGGGAAGCAGCUGUGGGGAUCCUAACCAACAAGAUGCGCCUUGGGGUUCAUGUAUGAGGCCGCAGGAUUGUGAUGCAGAGUUUCGUAUAUAUCGAGGAGAUCAGUACUGUGGUAAAUCUACAUAUGUGUGUUGCGCUCUCGUUGCAAAUAAGUAUGAUUUAUAUGGCGCAAUAGACUUCUCGUUUGCUGGCUCAAGUUUUGAAACCGACUCCAAUGAAAUAUUAGCAAAUACAAAAGCCGGCGUUUCUAAAGAAGUAGAAAUUAAAGAAAGAAAACGCGAAAAAUAUAAACGGGAAGUAGAGAGAAAUAAGAGGAAAAAGAAAAUUAUUAGGAACAUAAAACAAGUAGUGAAAGAAAUGAAAUCUUUGUUAAACAAAGCUUUUACAAAUAGAACCUUAGAAAAGAGAACGAAGACCAAAGAACUGAAACAGUUUAUUACAAAUCUAAAGAAAAAGUUUAAAAAGGAUCGGAAGGCUGUAAUAGACGUUCAUCACCAUGAAAUACGUCAAUACGACGACAAAUUGCAAAAUAAGCUUGGUAAAGUUAAAUAUCUUAAUGAAAAUUUUAUGACCAAUUACACAUUUAGAGAAUUGGUCGUGAAUGGAUCACUGAAUAAGCCGUUGUUCAUGGCAAUUCUGCGUUCAAGUCCAGACAUGAUGAGUUAUAUUCAAAAUAAAAUACGUACAGAUGGUAUAGAUUUAGACCAUUCCUUGAAAGACGAAAUAUCAGAUCUGAAGAAGCAAGCAACGAAUAAUACACAAAUAAGUGCUGCGAAUAACACUCGAAGAAGCGGUUUGACUUUAGAUAAAUCGGAGCUAGGUUCAGGGAGCCACAUCUCUGGAUAUGAUUCGGAAUACGAUGUCGAAUAUGGCUUGCUUUACUAUUGA